AUGAUGUCCGUUGCUGCUGUCUCAUCCUCAAAAAGACCACCGAAGGCGACGGCACUGCGUGUUCCGAAAUCAAUGCCGGAGCAUCCGACCUACGCUGUUAUGGUGAAGGAUGCGAUCACGCAACUGAAGGAGAGGUCCGGUUCAUCCAAGUCUGCCAUUCUUAAAUACAUAACACAGCAUUACAAAUUGGGAGACAACGUAUCAAUGAUCAAUGUACAUUUGAAGCGCGCUCUCGCGCGGGGUGUUGCCAAAGGAGAGCUCAAACAAGUGAGCGGAAUCGGAGCUACAGGAAGCUUCAAAGUAAACGCUGACUACAAGAAGUUGAAGAAGACUGCAGCUCCGACAGUGAAGAAGCCUGUUGCAAAGAAGGCAACCAGCGAACCGAUAGCGCCUAAAAAAGCUCCAGCUCCCAAACCCAAGAUUGAAAAGAAACUGAAGACCCCCAAGAAGGAAGUUGUCAAGAAGAAAGUUGUCAAGAAGGAAGUUGUCAAGAAGGAAGUUGUCAGGAAAGAAGUUGUCAGGAAGGAAGCUGCUCAGAAAGCGAAACCCACGAGGAAUACAACAGGAUCUAGCAGUAGAAAAACUGUCAAAUCUGUCAAGAAAUCCACCGCUUCCAGGGUCUAG